GACCCCUGCCGAACCCGUACAACAAGUUCUUUGAGUAUGUAUGUAUUCAGUCUGUUAUUAUCUUUCAGUCUGAAGGGAACUUCAGUGGAAGACUUCAUACAACCUAAGCCAGUCGACCCAUUUUAAAGGACUCACUUCACCAGCCAAACAUGUCCUCCUCUGAAACCACACCCACUGAACAACAAGCCUAUGCCUCCAUCAUGAAAGGCCUGACAAGUCUGGAUCUUUCAGGCUCAUCCAUCCCUUGUCAUCUAACCAUAACUGGGGACCAUGCUUUCCCAUUGGUCAUAAACUGCGAGGGUCAAGUUAUCAUGGCAGCUUCAACGUACGGUUCAGGGAGAAUUGUUGUGUUUGGCCAUGAAUCCUACUUGACAACAUUACCAGAAUUAGUUGAAAAUGCUUUACUUUGGCUUAAAGGUGAUCAGACUGUUAACAUGUCUGUGGGGGUUCAUACAUUGGUCAUGAAUGUAGCUGAGAAUCUCUCAAAUACCAGUUUCCAAGCCAAAGUUAUGGACAGUUUUAGCAGCGAUGAGGGCUUUGGUGUGUACGUUACAAAUGCCUAUAGUUUUGAGGGGAGAGAGAAAGACUUAAUAGCGUUUAUGAAAUCUGGAGGAGGGGUUCUUAUAGGCGGGCAGGCUUGGUGGUGGGCAUCGCAGCACCCCAAUGAUAACGUUCUGCAGCAGUUUAGCGGGAACAAAGUGGCUGGAGUGGCUGGGAUCUACUUCACUGAGCAUUACAGAAAAGGGGAGUGUCUGACUGUAGACCCUCAUAUCCCAUAUUCCUGGAAGACUGUCAGACUGUGUAACGACUUUAAGGACGACUUGGAGUUUUUACUUCAGGGAGUGACUGAGUUUGACAUAAGUGGAGGUACAUUUUCUGAGGUUUUGGUUCACGGGCCACUGUCUUUCCCCAUCACCACCAACCCAGGUGGACAAGCCAUGAUCGCAGGGGGAUACUACGGAAAGGGGCGGGUUAUAGUGGUGUCACAUGAAGGAGUUUUAGGGAAUACGAAGCUGGCUCCUUUCUGGAACAACGUUGUGCACUGGUUGGAUCAAGGUCGACUGGGGGUCAUUGGCGUUGAAGCUAAUAAUGCCUUUAACAUUCUCUCAAAAUCAGGAUUAAAUUGUCAGAAAACAGGAUUUAGAUCAGAUCUGAGUGUGUUUGUGCGCACGGUCUAUGGGGGGGAUCACAUUCAGAAGAUCAAGGAGUUUGUGGCUGAAGGUAGAGGUCUACUGAUUGGAGGGCACGCAUGGUACUGGGCCCAGACACACCCAGGGCAUAACUGUCUCACCGAAUUUUCAGGAAACAAGAUCUUGAACCCCAUGGGACUGACUAUAUUGUCUGGAAUAGUUGAAGAAGGUCUGUUUCAAGCCCCAAACCCCAGCACUGCUAUCAAAGACAACUACCACUUUCGCCACCUCCUGUACCGCUUUGCUCAACAUAUGAUCGAAAACAGAGAAAUAACUCCACAUGAGGAGAAGUAUUUAAAGAAAUUAGGACGUGACUGUGCCUGCUUCCUGCAAAUGCAGUAUGACUGCUAUUCACAUCUGCUACUAGUGUCCAUGCUCACCGACAUCCUGAAAGAGAGUGGAAUACCACAGGUGUCUGAAGAGUGUCCGGUGAGCAGUUCCAAAGACCAUCUGCUCCUAUGCUUAGCCACUGAGGUGUACAGGGUCUGCCCAAAUCCAGAGGAGCUCGUGGGGUAUCUAAUCAAGAACAUCCCACUGUUACCAGCCGUUUAUAACCAUAAGAUCAAAAUUAAUGUUAACACUGCAGAUAGAGAGGAGUGGAUUAGUACAGGUCUGUAUCUGUCUCCUGAGAUGAAGACCCAUAUGUCCAUGCCAACCGAAAUCAUCAAAAAGGGAUGGAAUGUGCAGAUUGGCUGCCAGACUGACCGACUCGAUGCUGGCACACUGAAGAGAGCCCCAUAUGUCUGUGAGAGGUUCCCAGUCACUUCAGAGAUGAUGUUGGUACACAACCUUUGGGGAGGCCUCAUUUACCUGAUAGCUCCUCCCAAAACUCAGCUCAGAGGACAAAAGGUUGUAGUUCAAGUUAGUGCACCUGCUCCAUACUAUCAAUCAGGAGUGACCUCUAUGUCUGAAUGGUCUGUGCUGCGUAUGGCCCCUGCUCCGUGGGCAGAGCUGGAGUUUGAGAACAUCAUAUUGACUGUGCCCUCAGAGGUGGUCCGGAGUCUGGAAAGUCCCGAUGAGUUAGCUGCCCUCUGGGACAGGAUCAUGAGGGCCAUUGCAGACCUGGCUGCUAUCCCACCAACAUUUAAAAGAAAGGAGCGAUUUGUCUGUGAUGUGCAGAUUUCACAUGGCUGGAUGCACGCGGGCUACCCCAUAAUGGCACACAAGAGCCCUGCUGCAGAGAUGGUGAGUGUUAAACAUAUGACAACCAAUGGACUGUGGGGACCAAUACAUGAACUGGGACACAACCAGCAGAGAGGAUGCUGGGAGUUUCCCUCUCACACCACUGAGGCCACAUGCAACCUGUGGUCUGUGUAUGUCCAUGAGACUGUGUUACACAUCCCUAGAGGAAAGGCUCAUGAACAGAUGGUUUUGGAAAGACGAAAUAAACGUGCUGAGAAUUAUGCUAACAAUGGAAAGCAGUUGAAUGAGUGGGACAUGUGGAUUGCACUGGAGACAUACAUGCAGCUGCAGGAAACAUUUGGCUGGGAGGCCUUUAAGUUGGUGUUUGCUGCUUACCACAACAUGAGCGGCUUUCCCAGUGACAACAAAGGCAAGAUGAACCUGUACUGUGUGAUCUUCUCUGAAACCGUGGGGAUGAAUCUGACCAGAUUUUUCAAGGCCUGGGGUUGGCCAAUAGAGAGCGCCACUGAGACAAGACUCUCCAACCUGCCAGCCUGGUCCAACCACCCUAUGGCCCAAUAUAAAUGAAUUACACCCAAAUCUUGAAUCGAUUGGCAUUUAACAGUAAAUUUUCAAAAUGUACACCAACCAGGCAUAGCAUUAUCACAUUACAAUGAAGCUAAAAAUAAGCAAAGUAAGUAACAUCUUUAUUAUGACACCUUCCUUAGGGUUUUAACCACUUAAUUAAGGGGUUAGGUAAUAACUAAUAAUAAUUAAGGUAAUAACGUAAGUACUUAUUAAG